AGGAAAUAUAGAUUGCAAUCAGCAAAUCAUCGCAAAAAAAAAAAAAAAAAUCCCAAAAUCCAUAUUGAAAAAACCCUAACCAGGGAACCUUCUCUUAGAAAUAAUCUAGAACGUCUCCGAUUGUGAAAGUUUAUGUAGCUUUUGUGUUGCAGAUUUAUAGAGGAAUCCAAGGCAAAAAUUUAACGAUGGCUAUGGAAGUAGAAGAAAUGGAGAAGGCGCGAACCCGGAAACGGCCUCGUAUUGGUUGGGACGUGGCACCGUCUCGUCCAGAGGAACAAAAAGCUUUGGUGACGUCUCGACGUUCAUCACCGCCCAAAAGGGAUGAUGAUCAUGAAGGCCAUUACGUAUUUAAUCUCGGUGAAAAUCUCACUCCAAGAUAUAAAAUUCUUAGUAAGAUGGGUGAAGGCACAUUUGGCCGAGUUUUGGAAUGUUGGGACCGUCAAAAUCGAGAAUAUGUCGCAAUUAAGGUAGUUAGAAGCAUACGAAAAUAUCGUGAUGCAGCAAUGAUUGAAGUUGAUGUUCUUGAACAUCUAGCUAAGAAUGAUAAAGGCACCUCACACUUUGUGCAGAUUCGGAAUUGGUUUGAUUAUCGUAAUCACAUUUGUAUUGUAUUUGAGAGGCUUGGACCAAGUUUAUUUGAUUUUCUAAAGAGAAAUAAAUACUGCCCAUUUCCUGUGGAUCUUGCUCGGGAAUUUGGACGUCAGCUUUUGGAAUCUGUAGCAUAUAUGCAUGAUUUACGCUUAAUCCACACUGACCUGAAGCCAGAAAAUAUUCUUCUUGUAUCUUCUGAAUAUGUAAAGCUUCCUGGCCGUAAGAGGAGUUCUUCAGAUGAAACAAAUUUCAGGUGCUUACCAAAGUCAAGUGCCAUUAAGCUGAUUGAUUUUGGUAGUACUGCAUUUGAUAAUCAGAACCAUAGCUCCAUUGUUUCCACGAGGCAUUACAGAGCCCCUGAGAUUAUUCUAGGUCUAGGUUGGAGCUAUCCGUGUGAUCUGUGGAGUGUUGGCUGUAUACUUAUUGAAUUAUGCACGGGUGAGGCAUUAUUUCAAACCCAUGAGAACUUGGAGCAUUUGGCGAUGAUGGAGAGGGUUUUAGGACCUCUUCCUGAGCAUAUGAUUCGAAGGGCUAACCGGGGUGCUGAAAAAUAUUUCAGGAGAGGCUCUAGACUAAAUUGGCCUGAAGGAGCAGUAUCUAGGGAGAGUAUUAGAGCUGUUAAGAAGCUUGAUCGUCUGAAGAAUAUGGUAUCACAUCAUGUAGAGAACUCAAGAUAUUCACUGGCCGACCUGUUGGAAGGUUUAUUGAAGUAUGAUCCAUCCGAACGUCUCACUGCACGCCAAGCUCUAAAUCAUCCCUUUUUUAGGUACCCAAGUUAAGUGGAAAGAUUAAAUUAAUUGUUUCGUAGUGCAUGGAUAUAUAUUUAUGGGAGACAAAUGGCGAAGGCCUGAAAUUUUGAGAUUCCCUUUGUAUGUGUAUAUUAAUAAUGUUGGUUUAUCGAAAUAUAGUUGCAUCUUCUGCGAA